CAAAAAACAUAUAAAAUAAAUAAAAAUCAAUUAUUGAUAGACAUUACUAUAAUAGUAGUGUCUGUGUGUGUGUGUGUGGUGUCAUUGAAAUUGGCUAUUAGUGACAACAAUCUAAUCUGUAUUAUAGUGUCUAUAGAUAUAUAUAGAUAUAUAUGUUAGCUAUCUUGAAAGUGGGUGACCAUUAUUAAGUGGUUCAGUAUAAUACUGUAUAUUAGAUUUGAAAAAAAAUAUUACUGAUAUUUAUUGGGCCGACCAAUAAUCUGUGAUAAAAAAUAAUAAUAAUAAAUUAAUUUGUUUUUAUUAUUAUUAAAUAUAUUUCAUUGAGAGAUAUUGUUGUUGUUGUGUGUUAUUGGAUGUACUUAUUUGAAUGAAUUGUAUUGAAUGAAGAGCAACGAUAAACUAUUAUUUAAUAAUAGUAUUAAUAAUAUUAAUAAUAAUAGUACUGUCCAUAAAACUACCAGUGCUGCUACUGCUGCUAUGGAUUACCAUACUAACCAUCAUAAUCAUCAUAACCAUCACUCUCACAAUCACCACAAUCAUGUGACCGGCGGUGGCGGUGGUGGUCGACAAACAAAACGCCAGACUAGUAGUGACGGCCAUACAAAUCAAGGCCGAAGCCGAUCACAACAGCAUAACAACCAAACAACUAUCAGUGCAUUCAAUAAUAAUAAUAAUAUUAAUUCAAACGCUGCUAAUAAUAAUACUAAUAAUAAUAAUAAUCGACAAAAUAAGGGCCAUCAGGGCUCACGUAUGCCGGCCUCGUCGCCACCCGUAUCGACGGCCAGCACUGGCGGCUCAUCGCAAACGGCAUCAAACGGAUCGGCAUCGGCCAGCAGUUCGGCAUCGGCCAACUCUGGCGUCGGCGUUACUGGCAACGGAAAUAUGGCCAACACUGGCUUAGGCGGUGGCGGUGGUGGUGGCCAACAAAAUGGCAACUCAUCGCUGGCCGAACAGCUAAGCAAAACCAAUCUAUACAUUCGCGGACUAACACCGACCACCACUGACAAGGACUUGUACGCCCUGUGCUCGCCUUACGGCACUAUAAUAUCAACGAAAGCUAUUCUCGACAAAAAUACCAAUAAGUGUAAAGGUUACGGUUUUGUGGACUUUGAAUCUCCGAUUGCUGCGGAAAAUGCGGUCAAAAAUUUGCAGACACAGGGAGUUCAGGCACAGAUGGCUAAGUGUACUGACACAAAUCGGAACAAACUAUCUUCUUCUUCUACUUCCCCGCAGACAAACAAAUUGCAGCAACAGGAACAGGACCCGACCAAUUUAUACAUAGCCAACCUGCCGCCAUACAUGACCGAAACGGAACUGGAGUCAAUGCUGGCCCCGUACGGCACUGUCAUAUCAACUCGCAUACUGAGAGACGCCAAUAUGCAGCCAAGGGGUGUCGGCUUUGCCCGUAUGGAAAGCAAAGAGAAAUGCGAGUCAAUCAUCACUAUAUUCAAUGGUAAACUGCUUCCCACCUGUAAAGAGGCCCUUCUGGUCAAGUUUGCCGACGGCGGUACCAAAAAGAAGUCUCAGUUCAAGACAUCCGACGGCCGGUGGCGAGACGGUGAACCCAUACCCAUAUCGUACGAUGGCUCCGGCCUAACACAAAACGGUGUGGCCACACCAUUGAUGCAGUCGGCUAUGAGCCAGUAUCAGCGCCAGUAUUCGACACCCGUAUCGGCUGCCUAUCCAACUGCACUGCAGACAACACCGUGGCUGCACCCACAGGCGCCCACCCAGUACAUUGUACAGCCACAUCACAUGGCACAGGUCAUACCCGGUGUCGAUCCAAACACCCUACACUUUAGUACACUGAUGCCCCAGUUGACGGCCCAGAUGUCCCAAAUACAGUUGUCGGGUGUAUCGGGUGCCUCCUAUGUGACUGGCAAUCCGCACGCCGCCUACGGCAAUGCCAUGUAUCCGACACAACUGAUCCAAACGAUGGGACCGAUGGGCGGCGACGACCCGUCCAAUCCUAAUCAUUCGGUUAGUUCGGGAUCGGCUUCCGGCGAGGAUCAGCAUUCGUAUCAAAUGUACAAUCAGUCUAAAUGAUGGGAUGGGUUGGACGUACCAAUUGAUGACUACGAUGUCGACAACAACAACACACUUACAUACCUAACCAACCAUUUGAAAUGAUUGGACACAUUUGAAGACAACAACAACACAAAAAAUAUAAGAGUUAAACAAAUAAACACAAAAAAUAAUAGGUUUUUAAUACACAUACACAACAACAACAACAAAAUACAUACAUAUUAUACACACAUUUAAACACAAAAAACAUAAAACACAUAAACCAUUGUCUUAUAUAUAUAUAUUAAUUGAUAUAUUGAUUGAUAUAUA